GAACAAUCACAGCUUCAGGCAUACAAUUCCUUUUUCACCUUUUCACUUCGGAACCGACAUAGACUACACAACUAAAAAUGGCUCUUUUUGGCUCUUCUGCCCCCGCCGCUGCGGCGCCCGCCAACUCCGCCGAGGACGUCCAGCAAACCAAAGCCAACCUCAUCGCACAGCUCCAACAGGAGAUGGCUAUGGCCAAUGCUAAGAAACUCAUCAGCAAAGUUAACCAGAACUGCUUCGAGAACUGUAUCACAGCCCCCGGCUCCUCAUUGUCCGCCAGCGAAUCGACUUGCCUGUCUAGCUGUAUGGAGAAGUACAUCCAGUUCUGGAACGCCGCCAGCAAGGCGUAUAUUGCUCGCGCGACUACGCAGACUGUCGCGGCGAAUGCGAUGGCUACGGAGCUGUGAACUUGUGACGCGAGGCGGUUGAUUAGGUGGUUGAUGACAUACCGGAUGGGAACUCUCGGAGAAGAUCAUAACAUGUACAAUAUGAAUGGAGGGAAUGUAUAAAGUACUAGGUUUACUUGAGUUGGGGCUGAUGUCUGAACUUGCAUGCGUUGAGGUGCUAUGUUUUUGGACUUUGGGGGCUACUGUUGUAUAGUAUACAACUUGUCUAAGGCAGGCAGUUCUCGGUUUAGUCUUCAUGAGAAGACAAUUGUGAAGUAUUUACAUAAGAUUGUACAGACCUCCACAGGCAAGAAUCAAAAA